AUGGAGAAAUCACAGCAAUACGUUGCUAUAACUAAACCGUUUAAGUUGGAUCCAGAACAUUACGGGUUCUGGAAGGUGCAGCUGAGACAGGAUAUUCAGAGUGCUGAUCUUGAUGCCUGGAUAGCUGUUGAAGAUGGAUGGACAGCCCCUGUGAAAACAAAUGAGGCUGGAGAUGCUGUUUCAAAACCCAAGAAGGAUUGGACUGCAGAGGAAAAACUUGCAGCAAAACACAAUGCAACAGCUCUGUCCUUAAUCUUCAAAUCGUUGCCUGUAAAUCAGUUCACCAGAGUUCAGGGAUGUGAAUCUGCAAAAGAGGCAUGGGAUAUUCUUCAGGUCACCUUUGAAGGAACCAGCAAUGUGAAGAGAACCAGACUUGACAUCUUAGCGUCUGAUUUCGAGAACUUGACUAUGGGAGAUAGUGAGACUAUUGAGGAAUUCAGCAGCAAGCUGAGUAAUAUCUCUCAAGAGGCUAUAGUGUUGGGAAAACGCUAUAAAGAUAAGAAGUUGGUUAAAAAAUUUCUCAGAAGUCUGCCGGAGAAGUUUCAGCCACAUAGGUCUGCAAUUGAUGUCUCGUUGAAUUCUGAUGAGUUGAAAUUUGAUCAAGUAGUUGGGAUGAUGCAGGAGUCUGCUGAUGAUGAUAAAGUUGGUAUGCUUGUGAGAAAGUACUUCAAGAGAAUGGAGCGAGGUCAGCAACGUGGGUCUGCAGUUAACAACAGAUCAGGGCAGCAGAAAGAAUUCAAGAGGAAUGAUAAGUCUGAGAAACAGUGUAUUGAGUGUGAAGGCUAUGGACACUACAAGGCUGAAUGCCCGAAUAUGAAGAAGAAGAAUGCACUGAAAUGUUAUGAGUGUAAGGGCUAUGGUCACACCAAGGCUGAAUGCCUAGGGAGAGACUGCAAAGAGAAAUCGUAUGUGACUUGGAGCGAUGAGAGUUUUGGUGUGACAGCUCAAGAUGAUGUCAAUCAGGUAGUUGGUGAUGAAUCAGAGGAUGAUGAAGCAAAUCUUCCUACUGAAGAACAAGUUGCUCUCUUGAUCAGGAGUCUGAUGAGCAAGACAAAGGAGAUCUCUGAUCUAACCACCGUAAGAAAUGAACUUAAAUUGAAAGUUUCUAAGAUAUCCAAGGAUCUUGAAGCUGAGAAAGUCAAGUCGCAAGGUCUUGAGAGGCAGUUGGAGGAUCAACUCAGGAACAUCAAGAUGCUGAGCAAAGGGACUAAAGAUCUGGACAAACUCCUAACCGUGGGACGAACGGCUAAUGUCAACUGGGGUCUAGGGUAUCAAGGUGGAAAUUUCAAUGGUACAACUAAGUUUGUUAAGGCAGCUCCACAGUCAUCAGAAGCUACUCAAAGUAAGUCUGUUCCUCAGAAAAAUCAGAGACGUGCUGUGUCCUCAUUUAAUCAGGAACAAUCAGCUCAUGUUCGAAAAUCAAGAAUGGCUUCUCACGAACAGGUUCAGUCAGCGUACGGUUCUGUGUUUCGUCUUCACCGUAGCAGAAAAACAGGUUGUUGGUACUGUGGUAAUCUGAAUCACUACAAGGCACAAUGCUCUGGAUUUUUGAAUCGUGUGUCUGCAAUGAUGCAGCAUCAGCAAUAUCACAGGGAUUCAAAGAAUACGAGCAGAAUCUACAUCAGAAAGGAAGAUAUGUACUGCAUUGUUGCUUACACUGCUGAUGAACAGGACUCAACUCAGGAGAAGUGGUUUCAGCAGGCAGAGUUACUUUUGGAGAUGGUGCAAAAGGAAAAAUCAAAGGAAAAGGCCAAUCUGAUUAGCAUCAGCCAACUGUGUGAUGAGGGUCUGAAUGUAACUUUUACCAAGGCCAACUGCAAGGCGGUGGAUCGACUAGGACGUGUUCAGCUCGAGGGACAGCGGUCUGGCAACAAUUGUUACAUGUGGAGUUCUGGUAACCCUUGCUUUCAAGCAGCUGUAGACUUUCAAACUGAGUUGUGGCAUAAGAAAUUAGGACAUCUGAAUGUUCGUACGAUGUUGAGACUUGCACAUCAGGAGGUUGUUCGAGGAAUGCAAAAGCUAAAGGCUGAUCCUUAUUUUGUGUGCGUACCGUGUAACAAGGGCAAACAAGUGAAGGUUGCUCACAAAUCGGUUCCUGAUGUUCGUGCUGUUCAUGCUUUGGAAUUGGUUCACAUGGACCUAAUGGGACCAAUGCGUGUCCAAAGUCUGACAAGUAAGCGUUUUAUUCUUGUUAUGGUUGAUGAUUUUACGCGCUACACAUGGGUCCGUUUUCAACGAGAGAAAUCGGAUACUCUUGACAGUUUCAGAAUUCUUGCUCUGCAACUCAAGAGUGAAAAAUGGGGAAUCAAGACAGUACGAAGUGAUCAUGGUGGUGACUUCCAGAAUGAGUUGUUUGAUCAGUUCUGUGCUGCUCAAGGGAUAACUCAUCAAUAUUCUGCUCCUCGCACACCUCAGCAGAAUGGAGUUGUAGAGCGGAAGAACAGAACGCUGCAAAAAUUGCUAGAGCUAUGCUGCAUGGAUCAACUGGGCAAGUUUGAUUCCAGGAGCGACGAAGGCAUGUUUCUGGGGUACUCAGGCAACAGCACAGCCUACCGAGUUUACAACAAACGGUCCAGGAUGGUUCAAGAGACUGUUAACGUGGUGUUUGAUGACGCGUCUUUUCGUGUUUAUGAAGAUGUGUCCUCAGUAACUAAUGCUCCUAAGGAUUUCAAUGAAGGAGUUGUGGGGUAUGAACCAAGUCCAGAGCAGGAAGUUGAUGAUGGCUCCGACGCCGAUGACGACACGGCUGAGCUUCUACCUACUCCUCAGGUGCAUAAGAAUCACACCUCUAAUGAUAUUAUAGGUACGAUUCAGGGGGGCAGAGUUACUAGAGGAAAGAAGAUUGACUUCAAGCAACUCGCUGGUCAGAAGCAGAAGAAUGUUGCUGCUGAAGUUCCACAGAUGGCUGCGGUUGUGCAGUUUGCUUGCUUCGUGUCAACCCUGGAGCCCAAGAAUCACAGAGAUGCUCUUGUUGACGAAUAUUGGAUUGCUGCUAUGCAAGAUGAACUAGAGCAGUUUGAACGGAGUGAUGUCUGGGAACUCAAACAACGACCAGCUGAUGUCAAUGUUGUGGGAACUAAGUGGAUCUUCAAAAACAAGAGUGAUGCACAUGGAUGUAUUGUUCGCAAUAAGAUGGAUGUUAAGAGUGCCUUUCUAAAUGGAAUUCUCCAAGAAGAAGUGUAUGUGGAGCAACCUAAAGGAUUUGAGAAUCCUCAGCGUCCUGAUCAUGUGUACAAGAUAAAGAAGGCUCUCUACGGACUGAAACAGGCUCCAAGAGCUUGGUACGAGCGUCUGACAACAUUUCUGAUCAAACAAGGAUAUAUAUAUGUUGAUGAUAUUGUCUUUGGAUCCACAUGUCAGCCGCUAGUUGAUCAGUUUGUGAAGAACAUGACUCAAGAAUUUGAAAUGAGCAUGUUGAAACAAUCAGCUGAUGGAAUAUUUGUUUCACAAAGCACUUAUGCCAAUAAUUUAGUUGAACGUUUUGGUCUCGCCAAGAGUAAAGAGGCGAAGGUCCCAAUGAGUGUGACUGACAAGCUCUCAAAGGAUGAAGCAGGAGAGGAUGUUGAUGAACGAGUUUACAGAGGAAUGAUCGGGAGUCUGUUGUACUUAACUACCAGCAGACCAGACAUCUGUUUAUCUGUUGGAAUCUGUGCUCGGUAUCAAGCCAAACCAAAGAAGUCUCAUUUGUUGGCUGUUAAGAAGAUCAUCAAGUACAUCAAAGGGACUGUAAAUCUUGGAAUAUAUUACACCAAGGAUACAACCAGGAGCUUGACAGGCUACUGUGAUGCUGAUUGGGCUGGUUCAUUGGAUGAUCGUAUAAGCACAAGUGGUGGAUGUUUCUUCAUGGGCAACAACCUGAUUUCAUGGCACAGCAAGAAACAGAACAGUGUUUCUCUGUCAACAGCAGAAGCCGAGUACAUUGCACUGGGAAGCUGCUGCACUCAACUCAUGUGGAUGAAACAAAUGGCUGCUGACUAUAAUAUGGAUUCUGAAACUCUUUUAAUUCAUUGUGAUAACCAAAGUGCAAUCAACAUAGCUAAGAAUCCUGUUCAACAUUCACGUACUAAGCAUAUUGAUAUUAGACAUCAUUUUAUUCGUGAACUUGUUGAGGCGAAACUGAUUGUGGUUGAUCAUCUUGAGUUAAAGGUAUGCCAGAGUGAAAGACUAGCCACUGAACUCAGAGCUGAUCUGUCAAAGAUUCAGAAGGUUGUGGUAGCUUUUAGCUCUGUCCUGAACAAAUGGUUGGCACAGAACACAGACGAGAGAGAGACUCAAGCCGAUACAUCUCUGCCGGAACAACCGUCGCCGCCGAAAGAAGAUCAAGUCACCGAUCCGCAGAGAUCUGAGUCGCCCGCGCCGAAUACCCAGCUGGUUCCGUAUACAGUGAUCUUCCCUGAAUCGGAGACCCAAGAAAUAGAGCCGCUUGCUAUUUCCAAUUCUCCGGUGGAUGUUGAUGGGGAUUGCGACUCUUCAGCUCACCCUCGGGUUUCACAGCCGACUGAUGCGAAUGAACCGGUUCGCAACCCGCAGAUUUAA